AUGUUACUUGAUUGUAAGGAAGCAUGGGAUGUCAUAAUGGAAGAAUGGGAGAACAUCAUGGAUUGUGAAGAUGAAUCUAUGUUUGGGGACUGUGUGAAUCACUUUGAAUACACUUGUCGUUCAUGCCCUUUAUUAUUUGAAUAUGUGAAUAAUACUUGGAUUAUUCCAUACAAUACUUACUUUGUGAAGGCAUGGACAAACAAAGUUAUGCAUUUAGGGAAUACAACAACGAAUAGGGUUGAGUCUACUCAUUGGAACUUAAAGAAAGUAUUGGGAAACAGUAUGGGAGAUCUUUGUUCUUGUUGGGAUGCCAUUCAUAAUGUAAUAGUGUUGCAACAUAAUAAGAUCAAAGUGUCGUUCGAAAUUAGUCUGAAUCUUAUGAGUGAAGCUUAUAAAGGCAUAAAAUACAAAAAACUUGUUGGACGUGUAUCCAGAUAUGCUUUAGGACUAAUAACUAAAGAAUUAGAACGAGCAAAUCUUAUAGGUCUCGAUACGGGAAGAUGUGGAUGCAUACUUAGACGGACGUACGGUGUCCCCUAUGCUUGUGAAUUAGCACGUUAUGCCCCUGGUAUGAUUCCCUUGGGUGAAUUUCAUGUGAUGUGGACAAGAUUGUCUAUUUCAGAUAUUGUAUCGAAUGAAUCACAGCCAGAGUUAUCCAUACAACAUGAGCUGACUAUGGUUGAAGAAAAAUUUAAGGAGGUUGAGAUUAGAGGUAAAGUGACAAUUAAACAAAAGUUACUUGACAUUGUUUGUCCUGCAAUGACAUCUAUGAUACCUCCAUUGCAUAAAGUUAAGACGAAGGGUGCACAAAAGAAAAAACUUCAGAGAACAGAGGUCUACAAAGCGUGA